GACGAGAGUAUAACUGGACAGACAUCUUGAUCACUUUGGUGUUUAUAUGGAGAAGCAGAGGGUUUGUCUGUUCUUUUUGAUUUCUGUGUGCAAGCAAUAAAUAUGAGUGUAACACAUAUUUAGCUAUGUGAUGAAAGUAUGUAGUAAUUUGUAAAUUUAAAAUUUAAUUGAAAUACUGUGUUACUGAACAGUUGGUCAAGAACCAUAUAUCCUAUCAUCACUUUAUAAUAUAAUCUUUACAAUAUCAAAUAAUUUAUUUUCACAGGCAACAACACUGAACUGAGCUCACACUUUCUGCCGCUCUUGCAUUUUAAAAAGAAUGAAACAGAAAAAGAAUUGCCCCAUCUGUCAAACACGUAUCACGUGUCAAAAUGGGUCCAUUGCCCUGGAUAAUUUUAUUGACCGAAUGGUUGAAAACCAAUCGGUGGAGAUGAAGAAUCGGCGGCAAGAGGUCGUUGAAGAAAGGAAAGUUCAAGAAUUGCUAGGACCCGAAUCAAAACCUGGGCCUUCUCAUGAGCCGCAGAGACGGCACAGAAGACGUCGAAGUACCACAUCUUCUGAUGGUCCAGAAGAUGACAGGAAGAAGAGGUCAUUGGGCCAGAUGAUAUCCUGACUACUGAAUGUGAUAAAAUUUAAUUUAAUUUUGUGGAAUGUAAGUUUAAGUUGCAGUUUGUAUAAACUACUUUGUGGAUGCAUUAUAUAUAAACAAAGUUUUAAAAAUGUAUUUUCUUAUCAGCAAUAACAAAAUGCUUCAUUAAUACCAGCAAUAGUUCUCAAAUCCUAGAA